UAAUCACGAAAUCUGUGAAAUAGAUCUACCAAAGUGUUGAAAAUCUUGAUCCUCCUUCUUCAAUCUCGCCAUUCUCUUGAAUUAAUAAAUCGUCCGCCUCGUCUCCAACUGCCAAACCCCAAAAAUAGUGAGAGAGAUUGAGAUCUCCAGUCCGGCGUGAUUGGUCGAGAAUCUCUCUCACGCCACCAAUCGCCACCGACAAGGCCGCCGCCCAUGAGAUGGGUAAACUCUCGGUCAUCAUCUACAUCACGGUAGCUUUGCUCCUCCUCCUUCUCAUAUCGCAUUCCCCCAAUAAAUCCAAUCACCGGAACAACCAUCGCCGCCACCGUCGACUAAAGCUUCGGUCCAACUUCUCUUUCACCCCCACCAUCGCAACCACAACGGACCAUCAUGUUUCCUUCGACCCUUUGGUAGCCGACAUUGAGCGCAAGAGAGAGGACAAAUUGUGGGAGAAGAGUCACUUCUUUGGCGACCAUCAUCAUGAAGCAGAAACCGAACCUGAAGCAGAUGAUGCUCCGGGAAUGGAAUCACAACCGGAAUGGGAGGACUUCAUUGAUGCUGAAGAUUACUUGAAUGAUGAACAUAAGUUCAAUAUCACCCACAGAUUAGUUUUGCUUUUCCCCAGGAUUGAUGUCGAUCCUUCCGAUGGCUUCGUGACUGAGCACGAGCUGACGGAAUGGAACCUUGAGCAAUCUCAGAGGGAAGUCCUUCAUCGCAGUCAGAGGGAGAUGGAAUUGCAUGACAAAAACCACGAUGGCCUAGUUUCUUUUGCUGAAUACCAGCCUCCCACUUGGGUCCGUGAUUCAGAUAAUAACUCAUUUGGAUAUGAUAUGGGCUGGUGGAAAGAGGAGCACUUCAAUGCAUCUGAUGCUGAUGGAGAUGGUUUCUUGAAUAUAACCGAGUUCAAUGACUUUCAGCACCCUGCAGACACUCAAAAUCCAAGACUGCUUCAGUGGCUGUGCAAGGAGGAAGUAAGGGAACGAGAUACUGACAAAGAUGGGAAAGUAAACUUCAAAGAGUUCUUCCAUGGACUAUUUGACCUUGUAAGAAACUAUGAUGAAGAUGGUCAUAAUUCUUCACAUGAAUCCAGUGAUUCAUUGGAGUCCCCAGCAAAGACCUUUUUUGCCCAGCUUGACAAAGAUGGUGACGGAUACUUGUCUGAUGUGGAACUGCUACCUAUCAUUGGGAAGCUUCAUCCUUCAGAGCGUUACUAUGCCAAACAGCAGGCAGAUUAUAUUAUAUCACAGGCGGAUACAGAUAAAGAUGGGCGGUUAUCAUUGACAGAAAUGAUAGAUAGUCCAUAUGUAUUUUAUAGUGCCAUCUUCAACGAGGAUGAAGAUGAAGAUUAUGAAUACCACGAUGAGUUUCGCUGAGAUCACACAACAAAUCAGACUGCUUUAUGUAUCAUUAUUUAUUUAUGAUGAUUGCAGGAUAGUUUAGACACCAUGUUCUUGUUCUUGAUAUGUAAUAGCUACUAGGUUCAAAACAAACCAAUUUCUUUUCUUGUCAUUCUUCCUAAUUUUGAUUCCAGUUUUUGGACCUCAGGGAUACCAAACAAUUCUUUUUAUGGAAUAUCAUAUUUAAGCUAA